AAUUUCCAGUUAGUGAGUCAUGAAAUUUUUAGGCGUGUUCAGAUCAAACUGCAUAUCAUCCUUCUGAAUUGUUUUUUUUUUCAGCUACGGCAUAACUACUUGUUGCAUAAUAUUGAGACAAAUAUUGACCGAAAAUAUAAUAUUAAUUGGAUUUAAUGAAGCCGGCCCCGGAGAUCUGAACUGAAAGAACAGCCACAUUAGGGAAAAUUGAGACUGGAUACGUGUUCAGCAGAUGUGUUCAGCAGAUGUACAAAGUAAUGUGCGAGGAUUCCCAAAGAAGCUCCAGGUUCUCGCAUAAGAUUCAUGAAUGCAAAGAACUUACAGAAACAACAGACCAAAAGUUUUUAACAUUCUAAUAGGCUUGGUAAAAUUGUUGCGCAUCAAACUUGUGUAUAUGGUUUCUAAAUUGCUAUUCAUCCGGGUGCGCGCGUCACAACAUGAUAGUGGUCCACAAUUAUCCUUAUCGAGUACCAAUUAUUUUUCAUGGUUCUUCAAAUUAAGCGAGUGUUCGUUUCGUUCUUGGCAUUUGGUCUAAUCAAAAAUAUCCUUUAUGUUGUUAUAUUGUCGGCAGCGGUCGACAUUGUUGGAUUCUCUUUGCCUAAAGCUAUCGUACUUUUGGCCGAUAUUGUGCCAUCCCUCUCUGUAAAGCUCUUGGCCCCCUUUUUCAUUCAUAAAGUGCCUUACAUCACGAGAAUCUGGAUUUUGGUCGUCUUUUCGUCUUUUGGUAUGCUACUAGUGAGCAUGUCAAGGGAAAACUCUACCCUGGCAAAGUUAUUAGGUGUUUCUAUGGCUUCGCUUUCAUCUGGGUUGGGGGAAGUUUCAUUUCUACAGCUUACACAUUUUUAUGAUGAGAAGGAAUCAAUUGGUGGCUUUUCUAUGGGGACUGGAGCAGCAGGUAUUUUGGGAAGCUUGUCCUUUUUGAUUAUGACAAACCUUGCCGGUAUAAGUACUCGGAUGGCAUUACUAGUUUUUGCUAUCAUCCCCUUUGGCUUUCCAAUGACAUAUCAUAUUGUGCUACCAAAACCUCAAACCGGAAGAAAUUAUGAGCCGUUAUGCAUAAAUUCGACUCUGUCUACAAUUCACAACCAAGAAACCUAUAUUGAGGACCAAAGACCACCCGUCAAGCGAUUGAAGACAAAGGCGGCCAGAAUGGGGAAUCAUUUGAAAAACACCAUCUUCUCCAUCAAGCCUCUUAUAAAACCAUACAUGAUUCCAUUAUGUUCGGUUUACAUUUUUGAAUAUGUUAUAAAUCAAGGUAUUUCCCCUACAUUACUUUUUCCCUUGAGCGACCUUCCCAAAUGGUUAAUUACGAGUUACAGAGACAUAUAUGUCGUAUACGGUUUUGUCUAUCAACUUGGUGUUUUUUUGUCGAGGUCUUCGCUAACAUUUGGAUUUCGUUUUGAAAGAUUAUACACCUUGAGUGUAUUACAAAUGCUUAACUUGUUGAUUUUGCUCCUGCAAUCGAUAUGUGACUUUCCGUUUGAUAAUAUUGUUCCAGUUGUUUUGGUAGUUUUCUACGAAGGUUUACUAGGUGGGCUUCUGUACGUCAAUACCUUCUUGAAUGUAAGCCAAAAUGUACACCCUGAUAUGAGAGAGUUUUCAAUGGCUUGUGUUGGUAUAAGCGACUCUUUUGGCAUCAUGAUCGCCGGAUUCAUUAGCUUGUGGCUUGAGAAGUCUUUAUGUACUCAACAGGUAAGCCAGGGAAAAGACUGGUGUGAACUGGGUUCUUAGGAAUCAUAUAAUUGCUGCACUUCGAGCUUUGAACGCGUGUAGCAGAUAUAUUCCCCGGAAAAGGCGAUGAUGAUACAACCCGCACCUUAUAUUUCUUAUCUGCUUCAAUUCUUUUGAUAUGUAGAAAUGAAUCAAACCCCCAGGAAUUAAGAUAUGGAGACAGUAGGAAUACAUCUUUACAUUCGAGGU